AUGACUGCUGACGAAAGAACCCUUAAGAAAACCAAGAUUGAAACUGAUGCUCAAGACUUGAAAGUGCUUUUGCGUUCAGAAAAAGCUACUUUACCAACCAAAGGUUCAGCAUUAGCUGCUGGGUAUGAUUUAUAUUCAUCAGAGGAAGCUGUUAUUCCAGCUCAAGGCCAAGGUCUUGUUGCCACUGAUAUCAGUAUCAUUGUCCCAGUUGGUACUUAUGGGAGAGUUGCCCCAAGAUCAGGAUUAGCCGUUAAACACGGUAUUUCAACUGGUGCUGGUGUUAUCGAUGCUGAUUAUAGAGGUGAAGUUAAAGUUGUUUUAUUUAACCAUAGCAAAAAAGAUUUUGAAAUUAAAAAGGGUGACAGAAUUGCCCAAUUGGUCUUAGAAAGAAUCAUCAAUGCGGAUAUCAAAGAAAUCAGUGCUGAAGAGUUAACUAAUACCGAAAGAGGAGCCGGUGGGUUUGGUUCAACUGGUACUAACUAA